GUGAUGAUCCAUUCGUCAUUCAAUCGAUCAGUGAUCAAUAUGAAAUUGAUUGGAAUACUUUUUUUGGCUAUUGCCACGGUAACUGCCUCCUCUUCCUUGGGGAAACAGCAAGUGGCCCCUGUACGCACUGUAGAGGAACGCAUCAUCAAUGGACAGCCUGCAGCAGAGGGUCAGUUCCCCUACCAGGUGGGAUUGAGUUUAACCAGUCUCAGCACCCGUGAGAACUAUUUCUGUGGCGGUGUCAUCAUUGGCACUGAAUGGCUUUUAACUGCAGCCCAUUGCACUGCUGAUGCCUCUGGAGUACUCGUGUAUUACGGCUCCACGGAGCGCAAAUCAGCGAAGCUUUAUCAGUAUGUGCCCAAGACGAAAUUUAUAGAGCAUCCGGAUUAUUCGUACAGCCCGCUUACCAAUGAUAUAGCCCUGAUCAAUACGCCAGUGCUGACCUUCAACGAGUACUACAACAAAAUUGAGCUUCCCUCCAUUUCGAGCAGAUACUCCAGCUAUGCGGGUCAACAGGCUAUCGCCUCCGGUUGGGGCUACACUUCCCAGUGGGUUUAUGACAUUUCGGAUACGCUGCAGUACACCACACUUGACAUCAUAUCUGUGGAAGCCUGUGAGAGCAUUUAUGGAGAUGUGGUUGCCUCCAGCAAGGUUAUCUGCGUUGCCACGACCAAUAAGAAGACCACCUGCAGCGGUGAUUCCGGCGGUCCUUUGGUGCUUCUUAGCACGGGAAAACUAAUCGGUGUCACCUCCUUCUCUUCCAUCUACGGCUGUGAGUAUGGAGAUCCGGCUGGUUUCUCACGUAUUACCAGCUACCUGGGCUGGAUCAAGGAAUCAACUGGCAUCUACUAUUAGAAAUUGAUCUAAAAAGCUCCACCAUUAUGGAGAAGAUUUUUCCCGAACCUUGGUUCAAUUUUAUGAAAAAAAGUUUGAUUUUUCAUGCAAUAAAAUUGAAUAACAAAAAAAUUUCUAA